ACUAAGUUAUUUGAAGAUAUAUAUCACUAUAUUAAACAUCAAAUUGUAGUCAACUAGCUCAUCAAUCAUUGGGAAGAACCUGAAAGGGUAGUACUAAUUCGAUUACAAAGUCAACUUCUCAACAAGAGGAAUCUCUAGCAGGAAGAGGAAUCUCUAGCUUCUCAACAAGAGGAAUCUCUAGCAGGAAAGAGUUGGCAUUCUGACCAAUUCCAUACCAUGGCUAUUUGAAGAUAUAUAUAACUAAAUCAAACAUCCAUGCAUAUAUCAUCGUAUAAUCUCUUUCCCAUUGCACCCACAAACACAUUCAGGACCGAAGAUGGAUCAAGGGUUCAAGCAUUUCAGUCACUUGCACAACCUGAUCAUGCACCAGAUGCCCCAAGGCAUCGAAGUCUCGUGCUCUGCUUGCCAUUCUUCUGCCACCGGAAUCGUAUACGUUUGCUGGCAAUGCAACUUCUUUCUGCAUGACCAAUGCUACCGAGCCACUCGGUCCCUGAAACACCCGUCUCACCCUACUCAUCCCCUCACUUUGGUUCCUUGCCCAACUUACCCCUCUAAUUCCUUUUACUGCAAUUCCUGUCAGAGCAUCGGAACCGGCUUUUCCUAUUCCUGUGCUGAUUGUGAAUUCGACCUUCAUGUCCAAUGCGCUUAUUCCAUUUCCGGAGCUACGAGUUUGAAGAACGCUCAUCAGUUUCAAGAACUCGUUCCACAAGGAUGGAAUGGAGUACGGUAUUCCAACAUGGAUCACCAUGUCCCAUUUGCUUCUGAUCCUUUGAUGCCUCAAAACCGGCCUCCUGUUUCCAUUCCAACAAGUUCCCACAAUUCUAGUGCUGAAUAUCCAUCUGUGGCACAAACUGGACCUUCUAUUCCUAUUCCCACUGAUUAUCCACAGAAUCCAAUUCCUUCCGCCCAAGAUCCUUCAAGAACUCAAAACAAACCUGUUUCCAUUCCAACAAGUUCCGACAAUUCUACUGCUCAAGAUCCUUCCAUGGCACAAAGUUAUAGCAUUCUUGACGCACAAGCCGAACUCCAAAGGCUUCAGUUACAAAAUCGACUGGCUCAACAACAACUGCAAUUGGCUAAACAGAGUGCCAAGUUUAUGGCUAGUUGUGGUGCCAGCCUGGCUAGCUUGGCUUAGACGCAUACAGUUGCAUUGCCAAUGCUUACUACAAACUGGUGGAGUCGAUCUUUCUAAAGAAUAAACAAUAUGAGGUCCAUAGAGGGCUGGUGUUCUUUGUUUUGUUUUCUUGGUUAUUUUGAGUUAUCUUUGGUGUUAUUGUUGGUUUGAUAUUGUGUGUUCUUGUUUUGGUGCAUUGUAUUUUCUAGGUUCUGGUUGGUUUUUCAAUAAAUUCCGUCUGUCAUUUAAAAGAUGUUGGAGGGUAAAAAUGCCGAUCUCAAAUGCGAUCCUCAUUCCCCCUCCCCAACGACCUUUUAAACCACCGUAUCACCAUUGUUUCCUUCGUAAACGCUUAUUGAUAAUUAUAUAUUUAACACCUAGAGAAAGAUUUCGAACUAA